GGGCGCAGGCCCGAGCCGGGCGGCGGCGGGUGGCGGCCGACCUGGAGGGGCGGGGGCGGCCUGGAGCACGUCGGGGCCGGUGGUCGGCUCCGCUGCGGCUUGGCAGUCAUGUCUCGCCAGGCGAAGGAUGACUUCCUGCGGCACUACACAGUCUCCGACCCCAGGACCCACCCCAAGGGCUACACCGAGUACAAAGUAACCGCGCAGUUCAUCUCAAAGAAGGACCCUGAGGAUGUCAAGGAGGUGGUCGUCUGGAAGCGGUACAGCGACUUCCGCAAGCUGCACGGAGACCUGGCCUACACCCACCGCAACCUCUUCCGCCGUCUCGAGGAGUUCCCCGCCUUCCCUCCGGCCCAGGUGUUUGGCCGCUUCGAGGCCUCGGUCAUCGAGGAGCGGCGCAAGGGGGCGGAGGACCUGCUUCGGUUCACGGUGCACAUCCCCGCGCUCAACAACAGCCCCCAGCUCAAGGAGUUCUUCCGGGGUGGCGAGGUGGCACGGCCCUGUGAGGCGUCCAGGGGCCUGCACAUCCUGCCUCCACCACUGAUCCCCACCCCGCCCCCUGACGAGCCCCGGCUGCCCCAGCCACUCCCCGCCGAGAGGAGGGGCCUUGAGGAGUCGGAAGUGCCAGCAGAGCCCGCGCCGUCCAGCCCCGCCCAGGAGGCCCUGGAGCUCCUCUUCAGCUGUGGCAGCCCCCAGGAGGCGUCGGGGGCCCCCGCCCGGGGCCCACUCACCGAGGCCGACCUCGCCCUCUUCGACCCCUUCUCCAAGGAAGGUGCAGGCUGCAGCCCCCCCAGCGCAGGAGAGCUGGCAACAACCGAGGUGGAGGCCACGCAGCCGCAGGAACCCUGGGAGCCAGGAGGGCGGCAGGGAGAGGACCCGCAGGGAAAGCCCGUGCCCGCCUAUGUGAGCCAGGCCACGGAGCUCAUCGCCCAGGCCCUGCGGGACGAGAAGGCAGGCGCCUACCCGGCCGCGCUGCAGGGCUACCGGGACGGCGUGCACAUCCUGCUGCAGGGGGUGCCUGGUGACCCAUCCCCUGCCCGCCAGGAAGGUGUGAAGAGGAAGGCGGCUGAGUACCUGAAGCGGGCGGAGGAGAUCCUGCACCUGCACCUGACCCAGCUCCCGCCCUGAGGGGGCGCACCCUCCCCCGGGACUCCAGCUCCAGCACUGCCAGCCUCCCGGCCCCUGCCCCAGGGCCUGGCCCUCCCACCGGGCCGCGCCAAGAAUGAGAACAAAAGGAUGAAUUCUGAGCUGCCGGAGUGUGGGGGUCUGCUUGGGCCCAGGGGCUCGCGCUUGUGAGCCCGUCCGACCACAGCACUGUCAGGUCACCUUUCUGGCCCCGGGCUCUGCCACCGACAGCCUGGAGCCACAUCUCGUGCUAAAUGUUGGGGUUUUUUCCACUUUUUAAUGGUUGGGAAAAAAAAUAACAGGCAAGUGAAAAUUA